CAACUCUUUCGACCCAAAUGUCCGAGCCCAUUUUCUCGGGCCUACAAAAUCCGGUUCAAGGCUCCAACCUGGUCGACCCGGACAUAGCCUUGAACGAUCAAAUACUUCCCGACCCGCUGCUAGAAACCGGUUGGUUUAUCGACCCCGACCAGAAGGUCGACGACGCAGCAUCAGCAGAGGAAAAGCCUGCCCCGGCGGAAACCAGUACCAAACCUUCAGCCACUCCUAUGGCCUCUGUUGCUAUAGAAGUAACUCCACUGUCACAACGGCGGCCGAGAAGACCAGUAGAGGAGAUGGCGGAGCGGCCUGACUGGUUGCCGGACGAUUGGAAGAUAGAAGUGAGAGUCCGAACCUCCGGCGCCACUGCUGGAACAUCUGACAGAAUUGGUUCUAUGUUGGAAACUGCACCUGCAACUCUGAUGUUGCAACAGCUAACAAAGAUGGGUCCUCAAGCUAGGAAGGGUUGCACUGCAUUGGUGGUGAGACCAGACUGGCUGCCGCUGGACUGGGGGUUCACAUGGAAAGUCCGUACUGCCGGUAAAACUGCUGGCAACACUGACAAAUAUUUCUUUUCGCCAUCAGGGCUAAAAUUCCGAUCAAAGGUCGAGGUCCUCGAAUUCCUGGAGACAGGAAGCAGGCGCAAGAAAAAGUUGAAAUCUGAUGCUAAUGCUACGCCUUCUGAUGGCCCUUCCGAUCAAAGGAAAAAGACAUCCAAGCAGGCUUCUGGUAACCCUUCAGAUCACCAGAAAAAGAAAUCCAAAUCAAACAUUAGAGACUUUUCUGAUAUGAACUUUGACUUCCGAAACCCACCACGGUCUCUCACGUGGGUUCAGGCAAAUGAUUGCCCUGAUGAUUGGCUACCUACUUUCAGCAAUGCAACUGUACCCAAAUCUGAAAGGACUGAAUGGGGAAAUGUUUAUUCGCGUGUCACACAGCUAGACAAAACCAACGGUGCUUCUUGACGUAUGCAGUGGACUGAAGUUUACACAUGAUUGUUUCUUCUUUGUUUAAUGUUUUAGAACAAGUGCAGAAAACUGGCAGUGAUCAACUACAGACCUUUCAUUUUUCUUUUCUGCAUUGAAUUCUGGGGAUAAUCUUUGAUACAUUAUUCAAAAUUUUACUGCCUACUUGAAAGGCUGUUUGUGAUUCA